AUGGGUGAAUACAAAGUUGCAGAGUUUACUGACCUAGAUCGUCUUGCAGCGGAGCAUGGACUGGAGUUGACUCCAGAUGGAGCCCAUCUGCGAUGGGCGAAGACAAACCGGAAGCAUCCACGCAACUGGCACCCAGCACGGAAGACUUAUGACAUAUGUGUAAUCGGUCUUCUAGAGUUUUUCACGACCGCUAUGAGUACUUCGGGGAUUGAGCUGGGGACUGGAAAGACCUUCACAUUGUUCAUUUAUGUUUCUACUUAUCUUUUGGGCCAAGGCCUGGGAGGCGUGAUCUUCCCACCGUAUUCAGAAACCUUUGGUCGGAAACGGCUUUACGUCCUAAGUGCUCUACUGUAUAGUGUCUUCUGUCUUAUUAUUGGAGCUGUUCCUUCAGCCAGUGCUCUAGUGAUCGGCCGAUUGGUCACCGGGUUCCUGUCUGCUAUUCCAACUAUAGUCAUUACUGGAAGCAUCGAAGACCUGUUCAAUUCGCAGGAUCGGAUAUGGGUCAUGCUCCUAUAUGUUACCAUGGCAUGCUUUGGGGUCAGUGCGGGUCCCAUUAUGAGCUCCUACGUCACCUAUCGAUAUGGAUGGAGAUGGGUGUUCAACAUCGGUGCAAUCGUGACAUGUGUUCUUGCACUGAUGCUCAUGUGCAUUAAAGAGUCGCGACCUUCGUUGAUUCUUGCUCGGGAAGUUCAAGCGUUUCGCAAAUUGACCGGUAACGACUCGCUGCUUGCCCUGAAUCCAGAUUUUAUGCCGGACCUUCGCGCUUUUGCCCAUCUGGGACUGUUCCGACCGCUUCGACUGUUCUUCACCGAGCCCAUCGUCUUCACCGUCACCAUGGUGUUCUCCGUUUGCGUGGCUCUAAUCUACCUCUUCACCGAAGCCCUCCCACCUAUCUUCGAGGCAUUCGGUUUCAAUACGGAGGAGUCGAGCCUUCCCUUUCUCGCCCUUGGACUGGGGUGUCUUCCCAAUUUUGCGACCCGGAUCCUGGACUAUCGCAUCACGCAGCGACGCCUCAAGGAAGGACGGACCAUCAAGCCGGAAGACAAACUGACAGGGCUCUACAUCGGCGCACCCGUCCUUGCCCUUUCACUAUGGUGGUUCGCCUGGACCAUCCCGCCGGUGGGCGCAAAUAUCCACUGGUCCGUGUCCGUGGUCGCCCUCUUCUUCACCGGAUACGCUCUCAACGAGCUGGAAGUCGUUGUCUCGCAAUAUAUGGCGGACUCCUACCUGAGCUAUGCUGCGAGCGGAUUCGCCGCUCUAUCUAUUGUCCGGUCUCUUCUCUCCGCCACCUUCCCGCUGUUCGGAAGCGCGAUGUUCGCUGCCCUGGGUGCGAACAUUGGUGUUUCUAUCUUGGCCAGUAUCGCGACCCUGUUCUGCUUGGUCCCGCCACUGCUGGCCCGCUACGGGGAACGGAUGCGGAAGAACAGCAACUUCGCCAAGUACAGCCUGCAGGUGUACGCGGAGAACGGAGUGGACUCGGACUUUUUGUAAAGUCUUUGUCUGGUGGGGCUGGCUGCUUUUCUCUGUCUCGAUCUUACAGGCAAGAUGCGAAGCAAAAAUGUAUAGCCCCUGUCUUCGUGCGGUUCCAGACCCUGACCCUUGACAGUUAUGUUUGUGGGC